AUGGCGCGCCUGGCUGCGCCCCCUCCCACAUACCCCCAGUGGCCAGUGCAUUACCUGGUCGGCUGCUACGUCCGUGCCUCAGCCGAGCUGCGUGGGAAGGAUCAGGCGCUGGUCAAGCUGCUGGAAUUAGCCAAGGAGCUGACGGUGUCCUACACAGCCCUCAUCCUGACCCUGCAGAUGUUCCCGCAGCCGGCGGCGGCGCAGAGCAUGGGCGCGCUGCAGCUCAUGGACGGGCUGCAGGCGGGAGUGGGUCGGGGGUCGAGUAGUACCGGCGCCUUCACCCCAGGCCCCGCCAUGCCCUCCACCCCCGAGCCGCGGGGCGGGGCAUCCCCUCUCCCGCCGGCCUUCCUGGACGACCUGGCCGCCCACCUCGUGUCCCAGGAGCAGGAAGAAAGCUGGACCGAGAUCUUGACGCUGAUGGCCAAUGAGCUGAUCGACCGACUCUCGACCGUAUCUCUCUUGGCCGACUUCCAAGGGCCCUUGGUACUGCUGCAGGCCUUCCUUUCCAGCCGGGCAGUGGUCACAGGCCUGCUCUCGCUGCCCCUGUGGGGAGUGGCGGGUGGCUCGUCCAUGAAUGGGCGGGAGCUGGAGGCGAAGACGCUGCUGGGUGCCGCCUUUGGAAUCAGCGGGAUACCAGACAUCGUUGUGCCAGGCAAGCAGCGCAUGCCAAACGUGGUGGAUGAGCUGUUCCCCCUGGGCUCAGAUGCCCGCCCCGCCGACAUCCGUAGCGGGGUGCAGACUCUGCAGGCAGCCUCCGACCAGCUCCACACCGCCCUGCACUCCCUGGUCCUCAACCUCCUGCGCGGCCAGGCAUGUUUCGAUACCAAAGAGGGAACACUCCAGUGGCUCACCGUGGCCGUGCAAGUGAAUGCUGAGCGAGCAAAGAUGCACUCGGACCUCAAGGUGGCGUCCACCGAUGGAUUUAUGAUCAACCUGACGGGGACGCUGGUCCGCCUGUGCCUGCCCUUCAUGGGUGCCAGCAGUGCCAAAGCGUGGCCAAAGCUGAAUGCCCGGUACCUGUCUGAUCCGGAGGCCCGUCUCCCGCUUUCUUUUGACGAGACGAGGGUGGCGGCUACGGGGGAGGAGGUCCGCGCCUGGGCGACGGAGUGGGCUGAUGUCUCCCACUCCAGGGACAAGGCUGGUGCAGCGGGGCCCUCCCCAAGCCCCACCGCACCCAAGUACCACUUCAUGUGCGACGCCUUCUUCCUCAUGGCGCGCUGCCAGGGCCUGGGGUACGCCAAGUGCAUUGAGAACCUGAGGUCCCUCGGCCGGCGCGUCAGCGACUAUGAGAAUGCGCUCACCGAGCUGGAGGCUCACCUGGCAGAGUUCCCUGGGCAUCCCCUGGUUCGAUCCCGGAUCACCCAGUACCAGCGCAUCAUCCAGCUGAUCAAGGGGUCGGACGCCGCCUACCAGGCACUGCUGUUAGACCCCGGGCUGCUGGGCAACAUCCUGUCCUUCUGCAGGCUGAUGACAACAUACAUGAUGCGGCUGGCAAGCCCGGCCUUCGCCGCCGGGGGAGCCCUCGCGCUGCCGCUCGUAGAAGGCCCGCCCAUGGAGUUCCGGCAGCUGCCCGAGGCGUGGGUCGAGUCGCUGGCGGACAUCCUCAUUCUGGUCGCCCAGACCCAGCGCUCCGCCAGCCUGGCCCAGGGCGACAUGGAGGACCUGAUGGUCUUCAUCACCUUCUGCCUCGCCUCCCCCGCCUACGUCCGGAACCCGUACCUGAGGGGGCGGCUGGUGGAGGUGCUGCAUGCCCUCAUGCCUCCCAACGAGGACCCGGGGUCGGGGUUCAACGCCCCCCCCCGCACCCAGGCCUCACACGCCGAGAUUGCGGCCCUCUUCCAGGCCCACCCCCUGGUGCUCGACAACAUGGUGAAGAGCCUGGUGCAGCUGUAUGUGGACAUCGAGAUGACAGACCGGCACAACACCUUUUACGAAAAGUUCACCACACGAUACCAGAUUGGGGAGAUCAUGGCGUACCUAUGGCAGCUCCCGCAGCACCAAGCAUCGUGGCGCGGGGUCGCCAAGGAGCACCCCUACAUCUACGUACGCUUCAUCAACAUGAUGAUCAACGACUCGCAAUUCCUGCUGCAGGAAGCCCUGGAGACGCUGCCCAAGGUCCAGGAGGUCGAGCGUGCGAUGGAGGACGAGGCGGCCUGGGCCGCGCUGCCGGACGCAGAGCGCACGGAACGCGAGGAGCAGCUCCGGACCGACCGCGGCAGGCUCAAGAGCGACUUCUACCUGGCAUCCGUGUGCAUCCAGACCAUGCAGUACACUGCGGCCGACGAGGCGGUGGGGUCCCUCUACUUCGACCUGCAGGUGCGCGACCGGCAGGCCCGCAUCCUCAACUUCUUCCUCAAGUACCUCACCCUGCCCUCCGAGCGGCGCAAGCUGAAGCUUCGGGAGCCGGAGCGGUACAACUGGCACCCCGGCCGCCUGGUAGCCCAGCUGGCCAGCCUCCACGUCAGCCUGUUCCGCCGGGACGCAGCUGCCUGGGUGGAGGCAUGCGUGGCCGACACUGACUACCUGGGCAACGCCCCCGACAUCUUCGAGUACCUCGACCAGGUGCUGGUCCGACUCGGGACGUUGCCCGCCGCCGACCUCGCCGACCUCAGGAGCCUGGCGAAGCGGGUGGAUCAGGCGCGGCUGGAGGCGGAGGCGGAGGAGCAGGCCCUGGACGACAUCCCCCCGGAAUUCGAGGACCCGGUGCUGGGCACGCUGAUGCGCGACCCGGUCAAGCUGCCCAGCGGGAAUGUCCUGGACCGAGCCACCAUCAUGCAGCACCUGCUCACCGACCAGCGGGACCCUUUCAGCCGAGUGCCCAUGUCCGAGAAGGACAUGGAGCCCAUGCCGGAGCUGCAGGCCCAGAUCGCGGCGUGGCUGGCGGAGCAGCGGAGGGCCAGGGCCGCAGCAGCAGCUGCCGCCGAGGAGAAGACCGACAUGGAGGAGGGCUGA